AUGGCUUCUCAACCUAAUCCUAAGGCUUUCCCUUUGGCUAAUGCCCAACUCACCAACCAGAUCCUCGAUCUUAUUCAACAAGCUCAACACUACAAGCAGUUGAAGAAGGGAGCAAACGAAGCUACCAAGACUCUCAAUCGAGGUAUCUGUGAAUUCAUCGUCAUGACUGCCGACGUCGAACCUAUCGAAAUCGUCUUGCACUUGCCUCUCUUAUGUGAAGAUAAGAACGUUCCAUACGUUUUCCUUCCCUCCAAGACUGCUUUGGGUAGAGCUUGUGGUGUCUCUAGACCCGUCAUCGCUGCUAGUGUCACUACCAACGAGGCUAGGGAGUUGAACGCUCAGAUCCAAGCUGUCAAGAACGAAAUUGAGAAACUUCUCAUCUAA